AUGCUCACCGCACCCUAGCGCAACGCUUAGCCCAGACACCACCAGAGGGAUCUCUAAACACUGGGAAGAAAGGUGAGGCGGUUUCCUCAAUCCCUGCAUCCUCUCCCCUGCCCUGGGUACAGGUGCAGCCUCAGGGUGAACAUAGGCAUGGGGUAUCUGUUGCUCAAUAGCACCGAAGCAGAGUCUGUGUGAUGUGUGAAUUGUGAACUUCCCUCUAGGACAAACACUUCUCAAGAAUUGGAUCAAGCUUGGAUCAGCACUAUGAUGGAGGAACCCAUGCCUAUGGAAGAAAAGAGUCAGCCAUCAAGUCCUCAUCAUGGAUCUCUCAGGAAGGUAAUGGCUGCUGCCCUGGCCCUUGAUGGAGAAGCCACGAUGGGCCGAAGGAAGAAGAAAAAGAAGGAAUCUCGACCAGAAUCUAUUAUUGUCUACCGGUUAGAAAAUGAGAAAGCAGAUGAGGAACAGGAAGAAUAUGAAGAAGGAGAACGUUCCAUAGAGGAGGAGGGAGACAAGUUCCUUGGCCAUGCUGUGGCUGAGAGUUUGUGGAACAUGCCCCAAGAUAGCCGCUAUGUGACAUUAACUGGUACCAUCACUCGGGGGAAGAAAAAGGGUCAGAUGGUAGACAUCCAUGUUACUUUAACAGAGAAGGAGCUGCAGGAAUUGACCAAGUCCAAAGAGUUCGCAAAUGAAGCUGCACCAGAGGGAAAGAAGGCUUGUCAAAUAGGAGCAGACCGUGGUCCCCACGUGGUUUUGUGGACGGUGGUCUGCUUGCCUGUGAUUUUUGUCCUUUCCUUCAUUGUUUCUUUCUACUAUGGUACCAUCACUUGGUACAACAUUUUCCUGGUAUACAAUGAGGAGAGGACCUUUUGGCACAAGAUAUCCUGCUGCCCCUGCCUCAUCCUCUUUUAUCCAGUCCUCAUCAUGGCUGUGGCUUCUUCUCUGGGCCUCUAUGCUGCUGUAGCCCAGCUCUCAUGGUCCUGGGGAGCAUGGUGGCUGGCUGCCCGGGACAUGGAGAAGGGCUUCUGUGGAUGGCUCUGUAGCAAACUUGGCCUGGAGGACUGCUCACCCUACAGUAUUGUUGAACUGCUUGAGUCUGACAACAUCUCUGGCAGCCUCUCUGCCAAGGAUCCUACCCAGGGGGAAGAAACCUCUUCUGUCUAACAACAUCCCCAUUCCGCUCUAGACCCUUGUUCCCUUUCAGAAUGGGCCAACACUAUUACUCUUUAUGUGCCAUUUAAAGUUGUAAAAUACAUGGGAAUAAUACCUCGACCAGUGGUACCAUCAUUGUUCUUCUGAGCAAACUUAAUUUUCCCUAGACAUUCUUUCUAGCAACCAACUACCUUCCUACUUUGGUGGGUCAAUCCUGAGUCCCAUGAUGGCAAAUAUAAAAGGAGAUGGGGUGGAUGAGCAGGUGGGGGAAAUAGUGUGCCAAAGCAGUCUUUCUUCCCUGCCCCAAAGUGAUGAUAAUGACUUCCUGACAGCAGCCUGAAUCAUGCCUCAGUUUCUAAUUUGGUCACAUUCUUCAAAACCCAGGACAUUAUUGACUCAGCUGACUGUAGGGAAAGGGAACCAAAAGGAGACCAAAUUCAUUAAGAGAUUUGAGGUAGGAGAUAGGAUUGAGGAUAAUACAUUUAGGAAGGGAACAACCAUCACAUUUCAUAGAGAAUACAACAGCAAAUACUUUGAAAUAUAAAGUGACUUACUAUCCUAGGGCUCUAAGAGUUUAGCACCAAAAAAUGAGAGUGUUGAUUUUCCUUAAGCUCCAUAUUACAGAAAGGGGAACAUUAGUGUGCACUUUGUAAAUAAAGAUAUAGCAUAUAAUUUGUGCAGGGUGGAGGGUGUGUGGAAGCACUUGUGUAGUUAGCAGCAUAGCUUUCUUAAGGUGAAGGUUGAAAUUGUACCUUCUGGAUUUACUGAACAUAGUGCCAAAAAAACCAAGAAGCACAAAUGGUGAAAAAUCAAAAGCCUUCUGGGGAAAGUUGAGUCAACCUACCCUUAGAGACAAGCAGAUCCUUCCUAGCACUGAAUAGUAAGUACAAUUGGGCAUCUGAUUGAAAACUUUAAUUUGUCUUCCUGGCACUGAGGGGUUAAUUCCCCAAAUUAAUGUCGUUUACCAUGCACUGCACCUAUAAAAUUGUCUACCUUUUUUCUCUCUCUUACUUAAAGAUUUAUUGUUUAUUUUGAAAACCUAACUCUAAAAAAGUAGGUAAAGGUUAAAAUUGCCAAUAUCCAUCUGGGGUGGCUCAGCCUUCUUUGAUAUCCCUGUGAUCAGUCUACUUAAGAUAACAGUACUGUUAAGGUAGAUCCUCACUCAGGGCAUAUUAGCCCUAGUUCUGGUGCUGAACCCCACAUCCGGGGAGGACUGGGAUAUAAUGGGGAUUUGGGGUUUUUUUUAAAGUUUUAACUUUAGCUGGACAUUUCUCAAGAGCAAAGAUGAUAACACUGGUGCUUUUUGUGUGUUUUUGUAGAAUUUGGUAUUUGUGUAAUAGAGAGGAAGAAAAUAAAAAAUUCACAUAAUUUUAA